CGGCGUGAUUUGAACAUCCACUCGACACUUAUUUGCCCACACUAUGAGAUCGACAUUUCUGGCUCUUAUGACUUGGAGUUCUCUCCAAAUCACCUGAGGAGUGAAUAUCACCUUCGCCUGUCUCCUGGGAGAGAACAGUCUAUCUUAGUCGAACUCAGUCAUCAGUAUGAUGUCGAAACACUUGGACGCAUCAACGUGCAGGCUGAGGACCUGAAGUCUUCCUUUGAAUUUGUUUUCAAUAAGAUUGCAGCUGGCCACUACAAAGCUCAAGUGACUGCUGAAUUUAAUGAGAAAGAAAUGGCUUUGGAAGGAAACUUUAAGGAUAAUUCCGUGGCCGGUAAAAUCAAUACCAUUGUCGAUGGAUUCUUCAAGACAUCUGACUUCGACUGGAAAUCCAACCUCGGUAUCUAUGCAGACGAGGACAAAGCCAAUGUUAACUUCAAGAUUAAUUCCGACAGGAACGAAUACAUGGCCAAGUUUGAGGGCACCCGCACUUCCCUCCUAAUUGAAUCGAACUUCGUCAAACACAUUCUUGUCAAUGCCCACGUAACCAGUACACAGGACAUGAAGAAACUACAUGUUGCUGCCGAAUGGGACAAAGAUGUAGAUCCUACAAAAGCUUUCGUCAUUGACGGACAGUUUGCUAAUGGCGAAGUCGGAGCGGCAUUUAGAUAUGGCGAGAAGGAAGUGUCCAUCAUUGGCAAGCUAAUUGACAGUGGUGUGGAGGUGGAAACUAAAUGGGCUGCUGACAAGAGAAUCUUUGUCAAUGUUCACUACACACUUGGGAAUACCAAGUCGCUGGCAGCUACAGUGCAGACGCCAUUCCAAGGCUGGGAAAAACAGGAUGCCACCUUUACCUUCUCCAUCACUGAUCAUGAAGUUGAGAGUCGCUUUUCUGCUACAUGGAGGAACACACAGCAAAUGGCACUUACUGUCACUGGCAAGGUAGAACCUGGACUCUUUACCAAUGCUCUUUCCACCAAAGUUGCAUUCACAAGCACCUUUGAUAACUAUGAGCGUAUCUCAUUCUCUCUGGAUCACAACAUGGUUGAUUCCACCAUCAAGACUCAAUUGGAGGGUGCCUGGAACCAAGAGAAAAUGGAAGGCAGCUUCCAACUCACUCCUAACACAAAUG